AUGUCGCACGGAAGCCACCGUGUGAAAUUUGCGCUAUUCGGUCUCGGCCGCCUGGGUGUUCUUCGAGCUCGCAUUCUAGCCUUCCAACAGCCUCGGAUCGAACUCGUUGCAGUCUGCGAUACAAAGCCAGGUACUGAUACAUGGGCUGCAGAGAACCUGCCCCCAUCUGUCAAGUAUUUCUCCGACCCUCAAGACUGCUUGAAGAAUAGUGGAGCUGAAGCAGUACUCAUCUGUACUGCCACUGCUACCCAUGCUCCAUUGAUCCUACAGGCCCUUGAUUUGAACUUGCAUGUUAUGUGUGAGAAGCCUGUCUCGGUGGAUAUUGCUACUACCAAGGCAGUGGUUGAGAAGUCUGCUUCUCGACCUGACCUCAAGUUCCUCGUUCCGUUCACUCGUCGGUAUGACAAGUCCUACCGCCAGGCCCGGGCCCUGAUUGACAAUGGAGACUUGGGGGAGAUCCACGCUGUUGAGACAACUGGUAUCGAUCAAGCAGAUCCAAAUGCCUUCUUUGUGGCCUUCUCCGAGCAGUCUGGUGGCAUUUUCCUUGAUUUCGGUAUCCAUACAGUCAGUCACAGAAUCCAUCCCCAUUCCAUAUUUAAUACUGACAGAUUACAGGUCGACGCCGGACGAUACCUAUUGGACGUCAAAUCCGGCCUCUCCAACCCAAAGAAACAAGUCAACAGAGUCAUCGCCUUCGGCCAACAAGCCGUCUACGGAGAACUGGCGAAAUUCGGCGACGCCGAUAAUGCAUGGGGUCUAGUGGAAUUUGCCAACGGCAAGAUUUUCAAGACCUACCUCGGGCGAACCCUCACCAGCGGUUUCGAGGACACUACUCGAUUGUGUGGCACCAAGGGACAUUCGAUCAUCAGUGCUAACUCGAAUGUCGAAAUUCGCGAUCAUCUUGGUAUUCGAACACAGUCUGUGCCUGAUGCGUUCACGCUGUUUGAUGCUACUUUCUUGACUGAUCUUGCUGAGUUUGCUGAUGCGGUGCUUGAUGAUAAGCCUUUGACUUGUCAGCCGGAGGAUGCUUUUGAAGCGGGCAAGAUUUGUGCUGCUUUGCAAUACUCUUUCCGUAAGGGUGUACCUGUAUACUUUGAUGAGAAUGGGUUGCCCAUCAUGGAGUAA